AACAGUUCCUAUUUAAAAAUAUUAUUUUCAAUCCACACGAAUUUAUGGAUUAUUUUGCAUGCAAAAUCUGACCGCCACUCCAACUUCUCCAAUUUUGCACGCCUCAUUCACCACCACCACAAGGUCCUUACUACUUUCCGUAUUUCUCCAAAACCCCCUCAAAGCUUCUUAAUUUUCUCAAAAGCACUCAAUCCUCCACCAUGUCCGUGGCAGCCAUGAAAUCCACCAGAACGAGUUUACACGCUACACCAUUUUCAAUCCCAAACAUUCCAACAAAAACCCAUCAAUACCCACAAAUCAUAUUUCCAAACCAACACGUAUCCCUCUCUCAAACCAGGGUAUAUUUGAAAACGGCCAUUAAAGCUUCGAGCCAGAGCGCACCCACUGGUUCGUCUCCGGGCCUCUAUUCUGCCCGUAAAUUCGAUCUGACGCCUCAAAACGUGGACUUGGUCCUCGAAGAUGUUAGGCCUUAUCUUAUCUCCGAUGGCGGGAACGUCGACGUCGUGUCCGUUGAAGAUGGUGUCAUCUCUCUCAAGCUCCAAGGAGCAUGUGGUAGCUGCCCUAGCUCAACAACAACAAUGAAGAUGGGUAUUGAAAGAGUAUUGAAAGAAAAAUUUGGAGAUGCAGUGAAAGAUAUUCGCCAAGUGGUGGAUGAUGAAGUAACAGAGACAACUGUGGAGUCGGUGAAUGGUCAUCUUGAUAUAUUACGACCAGCCAUUAAGAAUUAUGGUGGGAGCGUGGAAGUGGUAUCUGUUGAAGGUGGAAAUUGCCUUGUUAAGUAUACAGGGCCUGAGUCCAUUGCAUCAGGAAUCAAAGCGGCGAUCAAGGAGAAGUUCCCAGAUAUUUUGGAUGUUUCAUUAAUUGGUUAGGUUUUUCUUCUAUAAUAUGAGCUGGCUUAAGUGUCCAGCUUCAUUUUAUGAGGCUGGUAUGGCUAUUGGCAUGAGCUUGAGCUAUAUCAAGUCAUGAACAUGUGAGAUGUACAUGGGUUUGUAGAGAUUGCAUCUUGUAUUAUCCAUGCAUGGGAUCUCAAGCUUUAACACUUGUAACUUUGAAAUCACUUUUCUCAGUAAAAGGAUACAAAAUUUUGUAAUUGUAA